AUGGGCCGGCGCCUGGGGCUCGGCGGGGCCGGCGCCCCGCUGCUGCUGCUGCUGCUGCUGGCCGGGCCCGGGGCCGGCCGGAGGCCCCCGCGGAGGAAAUGCGCCCUGGGCUGCUCGUGCGCCAAAGACGCGGCGCUCUGCGAGGGGGCCGAGGAGAUCCCGAAGGAGCUGCCCCCCAACCUGGGCUCCCUGUCUCUCAUUCGCUCCGGAUUCACAGAGAUCUUGGAAGGCAGUUUUCACCAUGUGCCGACGGUUCAGCUGCUCCUGCUCACAUACAACUCCUUGGACCAGAUCGCGAACAAUGCCUUCGAUGGACUUGUACACCUGGAAUACCUGUUCAUUGAGCACAAUAGGCUAGAAUCUAUCUCCAAGAAUGCCCUCCAAGGCCUAAAGAGUCUUCUCCAUCUGAGCUUGGCUCAUAAUAACCUACAGACCUUGCCGAGGCAUCUGUUCCGGGGCCUGAAUGCUUUGACCGCAGUGGACUUGCGGGGAAAUGCCUUCCACUGUGACUGUAAGCUGAAAUGGCUGGUGGAGUGGGUGAGCUACACCAACGCUGUGGUGGAGCCGAUAGAGUGCCGGUCACCCGCCGAGCUGAACCGCACCAACCUCGCUGAACUCCGCCCAGGGGGCUUCAACUGCAUCACCACGGACCUUGUUCUCUUCGAUGUCCUGCCCUACCAGUCACUGUCAGUGGAAACUUUCACCUAUCACGGGGAACAAAAUUUGGUGAUCGCCCAACCCUUUCUCGGACGUUGCAUCUUCCUAGAGUGGGACCACGUGCAAGGGAGAUUCCGCAGCUACGCCAACAUCACCGGCUCAUCCACCAUCGUCUGCAAGCCCCUGGUGAUCGACGGCCAGCUCUUUGUGGUCGUGGCUCAGCUCUUCGGAGGCUCGCACAUCUACAAGCGGGACGAAGCGACGAGCCGCUUCCUCCGCACCCAGGCCAUCGAGGGCUCGCGCAUCCGCAAGCCCAACGACGUCGAGGUCUUCCGGGUGGAGGGCGACUGGUACUUCAUCAUGGCCGACAGCUCCAAGGCUGGAUCCACCACCCUGUACCGCUGGAAUGGCCACGGCUUCUACACCCAUCAGUCGCUGCACGACUGGUACCGCGACACGGACGCCGAGUUCCUGGAGAUCGCCGGCAAGCCGCACCUCAUCCUGGCCAGCAGCUCCCAGCGCCCCGUCAUCUACCAGUGGAACAAGCAGAAGUUCACGCCUCGCACCGACAUCCCGGACAUGGACGACGUCUACGCCGUCAAGCACUUCAAAGUCAAGGAGGAUGUGUACAUUUGCCUGACCCGCUUCCUUGGCGACUCCAAGGUGAUGCAUUGGGAUGGAUCCAUGUUCCGAGACAUUCAGCACAUGCCGUCGCGUGGCUCCAUGGUUUUCCAGCCCCUGACCAUCGCCGGCUACCGCUACGCCUUCCUCGGCAACGACUAUUCCUUCAGCCAAGUGUACCGCUAUGAACCCAUCACGGGUCUCUUCCAGCACUUCCAGGAGCUGAACACCCAGGCCCCGCGCUCCUUCGCCCACCUCCACGUCGACAAGCAAGACUUCCUCAUCGCUUCCAGCUUCAAGGGCAAAACCCACAUCUACCGGCACGUCAUCAUCGAUCUGAGUGCCUGAGCCUGUCCACAAUGGGGUUCGGGGGUGUCGAAUCAGGAGGCAGCCGCCGUAGGGAGAGGAGGA